AUGGCCAAAGACGACCGUGCCUUCACUGACUCAAGAGAUGCUCGUCCUCAUCGGAUGCUGUCCGACAGUUUGCCUCUGUGGUCAGACAUCUCCCGGGCGGUCCAGUGGGUCAUCCGCAAGAAGAACUCCAUCCUGCAGCACAAGGUGCAGCACGACCUGAGCUCGGGCGCCAUGAACUACCAGGAGAACGAGAUCAUCCAGCAGAUCGUGCAGCACGACCGGGACAUGGCCACCUGCGCCCACCUGCUGCAGAACCUCCCCCCCCAGCCGCCGCCGUCGCCGCCCCCGGUCAUCUGGGCGCCCCUCGUCCAGGCGCCUCUCCGGGCCGCCGCCGCCACCACCUCCGUGGCCAUCGCCAUGACGCACCACCCCCACUUCCCCCCGACGGUCUUCCGGCCCCCGGUGUCCCUCCUGGGCCCCCUCAAAGACCCCCCCUGUCGGCUGAAGAAGUUCCGCGCGUCGGCGACCUCUUCCACCGCGCCCGGGUCGGCCGGCGACUCCCCCGCGGGGAGUCCCUCGAAGCUGCACGGGGGGGCCGACAUGUCGCUGCUCGCCGCCUUCCGAGCCCACCCCAUCGCCUCCGGGUCGGGGGCGGGGGGGGGCUCCAGCCAGCAGGCCUCCGCCGGUGGUGGUCCUCCCGGUGGUGCCGGGGCGUCGGCGUUCCCCUUCGGACCCCCCCGCUCCUCCUCCGGUUCCCCGACGUCUAGCCUGGCCCAGCUGCACCACCCCCCCCCCCAGCACCACCUACCGCUCCGCUCCAGCACCCCACCCCUGUCCACCCUCUUCCACCAGGGGGCGAUGGGCGGGAGCACGGGGUCAGGGCUGGGCGGGGGGGCGGGCGGGGCCUGCGGUGGAGCGAGCAGCUGGUGCACGGGCGGCGGGGGCAGAGGUUCUGCCGAAGGGUCGGUCAGCAUUGAGAUCGAGAUAGAACCGGCCCUGGCGACGGAUGACUUUACAGAGAUCGGUGGGCGUUUUGAGGGGGUGACCGGCGGCCAUUUUACAAUGGGUGGAGCUACCGGGGAAUCGGUGGGAGGGGUUAGUGGAGGCUUGAUGACCGGAGCCGCUAGGGGAACAACUAUGGGAUCGAUGGGCGGAGCUUUUGGGGAAUUGAUAGCAACGCCGGAUGGAUUUAAAGGCGGGACUAUAAUGGGCGGGUCUUCAGGAGGCGCCUCGGGAGGAAGUGCUGAAAGGCAUAAACGGGGUUCAAUAGGAGGUACUUAUACAGGGGGAGGGGCAUCCGGGCACAUAGGGGGGACGUCAGGGGGAAUGGCAGCCGGAGCGUUAGGCUCUCCCGGCUGCCAGAGUAACAUCAGUCCCAUCUCCACCGGGUCGACCAGCUCCAUGCCCGGCCAGCUCACCAAGCUCCCUCAGGUGGGGUCGCUGCAGCAGUUCUCCGCGGGAGGUCGGACUGCGGGCGGACUGAACCUCUUCCACUCCCCUCCGCAAGGAUCCCCGGCCUCCAGUAAGGGCCAGCCCGUCCAGCAGCAGCAGCCUCUGGAGGGCUCCCCGUCGUCGUCGGCGGGCCUGGUCAGCCUGGCCGUCCUGCGGUCCGCCCUGCUGCCCCACCAGCUGUCCCUGGAGAGGUCCGCUCUGGCCUCCCUGGCCCAGUACGGCUCGGCCAACGCCUCGCCCUGUCUGACGCCGCUGGCCCCCAGCCCCACCGUCCAGAGCCCGGUGGCCGGCCGGACGUUCCACUACAGCGUCCCCUCCAGCGCUGCCGGCUCCCGGAGCUCGCUGCUCACGGCCCAGCCCUCCCUCCCGCCCACGACGCACACGGGGCCGGGGAGGGAGACGACGGGCCGCUUCUCGGAGGACCUCAGACUCUUGUCCUGCUCCCGCACGUCCCUGCCCGAGGAGGUGGCUCAGGCCCUGGGACACCCGCUGCCCCGCAGUAGCAUCCAGCUGGACACGGGUUACUACCCGUCGCCCUUCUCCUCGCCCACCCUCGUGCCAAAGCCCCGCAGCCCGAUCCCGGGGCACAUAACUCCUCCCUUCCAGAUGUCCCCAGGCCCCCCGCACCAGACUCUGGCGCCGCCGUCGUCGUCGGGCCCCGGACAGCCCCCCUCCCGGAGGGGCUCGGAGCUGGAGCCGCCGCAGACUGUGCGCGCCAAACUCCCGUCCAACUUGUGAGGGUGGAUCACACCCUCCUGCUCUCCUCCUGAGGACUGACUCAGCGACGGAGCGUCUCUCUGCGCUGUUUGUUACUCGCUCUCGAUCCGGCCUUUGCUGCUGUGUUCCAUCUCCUUUUGUUCCUCCCCUGAGAUUUCACUUGACUGUGAUAUAAGAUUACUGACUCUUUUUCGGGUGUUUCAGAGCUCCUUGUUUUGUGUUAUGCUUCACUUUUCCUUUUUAAAAUCUUUCACUCGAUAGAUAUAUUUCAAUAUAUAUGUUUAGCAAAGAGACUAGGGGGGUGUGCAAUUGAAUCUAUUUCCUUUAUUUCUAUGACUAUGCCAAAUUCAUCUGCUGAGGUUUAGGCAAUGCUUCGUUGAACACAAUAAUACAUUUUUCUGCGGGAACCUAUGCACUAAUACCUGCAUGUAUAGAGGCUUUUUGUGUCCCAAGAAAAAUUACAACUCUAAACUUUUUAGCUCAAAAGACACGCUUCAAUACUAGCAGGCUCUUUUACCUACCUAUGUGGGAUGACAUAUUGUCCAUCCUCAAGCGUAUCUAUUAGAUUGUACUAUUUAUCCUCUGUGUGACCUUUGCAAAACCUACUUGGUGUUGGAGAUGAGAUUUUAGGGAACCAAAAGAGACUUUUCCUAUGUGGUAAUCAAUUUGCCUUUUCUUGGCUUGUAUGUCCAUGUUUUUAUACCACUGUAGUAAAACUGUAACCUGGAGGGUUUGUUUUGAAAAAAAAAAGGCCUAAGUCCUUGUCGAUAUUGAGACACACCAACGCGUUAACGGCUGGCUUAUCCUUAACUACGUCCUUACAAGCUCACUUUGUCUUCCAAGUUAAAGCCGCAAAAAAACGAAAAAAGGAAAGUGCUGUUGUAUGUGAGGGAGAGGGUGAUGCUUGCAGUGUGAUACCGAUCUCUCUAUGGGUGUGAGGGGGGCAGAAAAUAUCUCUGUUUCUGACAGUGUGCGUGCGCCCGGAGUUGCUCGCCAGCAGAAGUGUGUGAGAGUGUGACCAUGUUGGCGCAGCCUGAUGCAAGACAGCAUCCUGCCCUGACUGAUCAAAAGAAGUUCUUGGUUCAACAAAUACUAGUACUUCCACACAUCCCAGCUUGUGUGUGGUCAUCUAUUUGCCAGACAUAAAAUCCAUAUAUCUUAAGACACAAUCUUUUAAACGAAUGGCAUCCACAGAAUUUGUUCUGUAAAUGGUCGGAAAACAAAAAUAACUCUCCCCAUUUACUGCAUAGCAUACUCAUUAUAGCAGCUCUUUCAAGGGCAGGGAUACAUCAACCCAACGGAAUGCCACUGGAACGUACGGGAGCUCGGGAAUGCAGAAUGUAUGCAACACGUCUAUGGCUGCUAGAGUGGACUCUCAGGGGCUGGGAGGCCCACAUCAUGAAGACCGAUGGUCAGCCAGGCUUUCUGACCACGCUUGGUUGCUGCAUUAGAAACAACACACACACACACACAAAUCGUGUAAGCAGGCCUUCCCGCUGUAAUUCACAACAUUCAAACCACGGUAAAUAACGACGGACAAAUAACUCCAAACAUUUCUACAUUAUAAUUGCCAGCAAAGGUUUCCGCACCCUCUCAAGGUGACUAGCGAAGACAAGACGACGAUGAAUCACCGAGCCGAGCGACUCCCCAGCCAAACGUGGCCAUUAGUGAAAUAAGCUCUCUUUAGGUACGUGGGCCCGGGGAGCGAGAGCCCGGCGCGGGGGGAGCAUCUGUACUCAGCGGCGGCGUGCCUGGGAGAGACCCGGCUCUCGCUCACCCAGCUGGGGCCCCACCUCAGACACAGAGACACAGCCCUCAGCCGCGGCGGCGGCCUAAUUGAAGCAGACAAGCCUGGAUCUCCCAGGCCCACACAGGUCACCGCGGCCCGGCUCGGCAGAGGUGUGCCGGGGACGCUCUCCGUCCUCAUUAGGGUCUCCGUCACCCCCCCCCCCCCCCACACACACACCCCCCCGCCCCGUAGCGACAAGUAUGCACGGUCGCACCCACGCAAACAUCGCGGAGAUGUAUCUCUAAAGCAAAAACAAUCACACGUGCAUGGUGGAUGCUCUCCUAAGGAAACCGAUCAUUGGUCUCAUCCCCCAGCCAUC